UAGAAUACAUCUGAAUCUGACCCUGUAAAAAAAGAUUGAGUUUCAUUAAGAAUGGAUGAUCUGAUUGGAGCAAUCAUCUCAAAAGUCAGCUUAAUAUUUUUAAAGAUAAUAUAUAAAAACAAAAACAGAGAAAGAAGCCCGCAGAACAGCUAGAAAUAACUUACUUUUAUGCAAAGCUAUCAGCAAUCAGCGCAAAGUAUCAUGGACCCUUCAAUCCAAUUCCUGUUAUCUCUUCUCUUCAGCCUACUUGCCCUGUCAAUCUGUAUUUACUACUUGUAUCAAUCGAAGAAACUAGUUAUUCCCAAGACGACAACAUCCGGUGUGCCUGAAGUUGGUGAUGCUUGGCCUAUUAUUGGCCAUAUGCACCUCUUUGGCGGCCGGAAACUGAUAUACCGAACACUGAGUGACAUGGCUGACAAAUAUGGGCCAGUCUUCACCAUAAGAUUAGGUUCAAAUAAAGCUUUGGUUGUGAGUAAUUGGGAAAUGAUCAAAGAGUGUUGCACCGUUUAUGACAAGGUUUUCUGCGGCAAGCCGGCCAUUACUGCCUCAAAGCUGCUAUGCUUUGACUAUGCUAUGUUUAGCUUUGCUCCUUACGGGCCUUACUGGCGCGAGAUGCGUAAGGUGACCACAGUUGAACUUCUGUCAAACCACAGGCUUGAUAAGUUGAAGCACAUAAAAGCUUCUGAGGUGCAGACUUCAAUAAAAGAAUUGUACAAGGCUUAUAUGAGCAGAAGUAGUACAGAAAAUGGAGUUCUUGUGGAAAUGAAGCAGUGGUUUAAAGAUUUGACAUGUAAUGUUACUUUGAGAAUGGUAGUUGGGAGAAGGUUCUCAGGAAGUGGUGAUGAUGAGGAGAAAGGAAAAGCACGACACUGCCAAAAGUUAUUCAGCAAUUUCUUUUCUCUGUUUGGGGUGUUUGUUUUAGCUGAUGCAAUACCAUCCCUUGGGUGGCUGGAUUUUGGAGGAUAUAAAAAAGCCAUGAAGAAAACUGCCGAGGAAAUGGAUGUUCUUGCUGGAGAAUGGUUGGAGGAGCAUAAACAGAGAAGAAAGUUGGGUGGAGAAGCAAAGGAGGAUCAAGAUUUCAUGGAUGUUAUGUUGACCCUUCAGGAAGAUACUAAGAUAUCUGGUUUUGAUGCUGACACCAUUAGUAAAGCAACCUGCCUGAAUUUGAUUGUAGCAUCGGACACCAAUAUGGUCCUCCUCACUUGGGCCUUCACUUUGCUACUCAACCAUCCUCAUGUGUUGAAAAAGGCUCAAGAAGAGCUGGAUAUCCAUGUUGGCAAGGCCAGGCAUGUGGAAGAGUCUGAUAUCAAAAACCUUGUAUAUCUCCAAGCAAUUGUUAAGGAAACACUUCGGCUAUACCCCCCGGGCCCUGUGAUUCCUCGUUCUGCAAAUACCGACUGCACUCUAUCAAAUGGCUUCCAUGUAGCAGCUGGUACCCGUGUGAUGCUGAAUGUUUGGAAGAUUCAACAUGACGAGAGAGUGUGGCCGAAUCCUAAUGAGUUCCACCCGGAGAGAUUCUUGACUGAUAACAAGGACACAGAGGUGAGAGGUCUUAAUUUCGAACUCAUUCCUUUUGGCUGUGGAAGAAGAGCCUGUGCAGGUAUCUCACUUGCUCUCCAAGUGGUGCAUUUGACACUGGCUAGCUUGUUACAAUGUUUUGAGGUGAUGAAACCAUCAAAUGUUGCAGUCGAUAUGACAGAGAGCCCUGGCAUGACAAAUAUAAAAGCAACACCACUCGAAGUUCUACUCAUUCCUCGACUUGAUCCCAAGCUUUACACGCAAUAGAUUUAUGUAAUCAACCUCUUAUAUAUAACCAUUUAUGGAUUGAAUAAAAAGGAAUGGACUUCAGUUUGCCAUACAA